AUGGUUAUAACAAGUGUUUCAAACAUUCCCAUAUCACAAUCAUUAUCAUUAGUUGGAGAUCCUGAAAUACAACGAAUUAGAAAAUUUCUUUUAAUCGCAAUUGCUAUUUUACUUGCAUUUUCUCUAGUCAGUAUAAUUACUGUUAUUUCUGGAAAGAGAAUUGAAGAUGGUAUUAAAGAGAUUCAUGGUGGUGUGCAAUUUGGUCAAUCUAUAAUUUUACUUUUUUUCUAUAUAUUUGGAAUAUUCGUUGUUUAUCGUUAUUAUGAAACAGGUUUACGAGUGUUUGGUUGGCUGGGCACAAUUAUAAUGAUUAUAAUGGCCAUUUUAAUUGUAGUUCUUCUCUUUGUUGGUAUUGCUGCUUCAGCUACCAAAGACCUUGAUAAUGAUAAUGAUAACAAGAAUCCUAUGACUGCUGUUUCAAUGGGUAUCUUUGUAACUGUUCUUAGUUCAAUUGCUCGUUUGAUUCUUACAAUAAUCAUUAUAAUAUUUGCCUUCAAAUUGGCGAAACUUAUUGAUGUAAAACGAUCUUUAGCCAUUCAACAACCUAAUGUAUGGUUUACUCAUUAA